AAAUGAGAGAAUGGGAUGGGAUAUCCGUGUUAAAAAUGGUGCGAGUUCAUUCUAGGCUUGUAUUCAAGUUCUGGGCGGUUUGUGGUUAUACACUGACUUCACCACAACUGAAGUAAAGGGCACACUUAUCUGGGUCGCUGUAGUCUCAUGAAAAUCUACUUAAGGUGAUUCUCAGAAUGCUUGCUGCAGAUUUCUUUGUGUUCAUUACCAUUCUAUCAGCUGCUAAUAGCAUGGAAACAUCGGCCCCCAAAACCCUAAACACCACCAGCGGCUCCUGCCUUCUGAUUCCCUGUCAAUUUAAAAUUUCAAAGGAGAACGAAAAAUAUCUUGACCUUUCACCAGUGGGAACCUGGAGAACCUGGUCUUCUGCUCACAGGCAGAUGCAACCUCUGAUAAAUGUGGUGGGGGACUUACGAAAGAAAAACUGCACUUCUGUCAUGAUGAAUCUCACCAGCCAGCAUUCAGCUCGCUACUACUUCUGGCUUUCAGUGAAGAAUUUUAAUGUGUCUUCAAAUAAAGCAUUGCGUAUAGGUGUGUCAGAUUCGUUGGCUGAGCCGUAUGUGAUUGUGCCGAGACUCAGGGAGGGUGAGGUGGGGAAUCUGACUUGCACUGUUCCAGCGCCUUGCCCUAGUAACCCUCCAAAUGUAACAUGGGAUCCUGCAUUAGGUGGGAACAUAACACGACUGAUACAGAUGAAUGCUGAUGGGACACAGAAUGUUUCUGCCAUUUUGAACUUCGUCCCAUCGUUCCACCAUCAUGAGCUGAACGUGAGCUGUGUUUCCAUGCAUCUGCUGGAGAGACAGGACAAACCCCUGCCCAGCCACAAGACCGUCAUCCUCAAUGUGGAGUAUGCUCCAAAGGAAACACAGAUCUCUUCAGGCUGGCUUGGUAAUAAUGUUACUCUUACCUGCCAAAGUAAUGCCAACCCUCCAGCGGUCCACAGGUGGUUCGUGAAGAAGGAAGAUAUAGUGGAAGAAGUGGGUGCCUCGCGUGUGCUUUCCUUUACUGUGACCCAUAAUAAUAGUGGGGAAUACAUUUGUGAGGCCCAGAACCAACAUGGUGCAGGGAAGUCCACAAUCCUACAGAUCAAUGUCCCAGGCAUGUCAUUCACUCCUUUCCUCGCAGUUUUGGCACUGUUCUCAUUGCCUUUAUGUGCAAUUCCUAUUGUUCUGACUUACAGAAGGUCCAAAAAAGUACACAUAAGUGAAACAAACCAAGAUCAGGACAUUUAUGCAAAUGUGUCUUCGAGUGCAACAAAAGGCCAUCAAUCAAAUACAUAUGGAAAUAAGGAGGAGACCUGCACCGUUGACCCUGAAUACACAUUCGAAAAGAAUCUCUCCAACGAAGACAUCUAUGCAAACUGUUGAAGUGAGAAGUGGAAUAUUUUUAAACACCCUUUCAUGGAUUUUUUUAAACACCAUUUCAAUUAGUCUAUUUUCUGCUUCCUAACAUAUUUAACGUCCCAUCUAUUAUGUAUGUUCAGAACUUAUAUACUUCCUUUCUCCUUUUAAAGAAUGAAAACCCCAAUAAGUAUGAUUCAACUUUUUGAAUGACUGUUUCUAUUUGAAUUUGUGUGAUACAUUUACUUUGCUCAAUUAAAGAAUUUUAAGAACCAAAUUAGCCAAUUAAAUAAUAGAGUAGUGGUGUCACCACACCUCAGUACUCUAGGGGGCGAAAGAGAGCUCAAUCUUUAAGAUGGACAUGGAGGGUGUGUGUUUUCCUGUCUAUGGUUUCAGUAAGGUCAGUGACACGGGAUAACACCUGCGUCCCCUGGGUCAGAAAACCUCUCUGGAUGAGAAGACGACAGGCAGGGCUGAGGCAGGUAAAGAAUAGGUCUAUAGACCUUAUUCAGAGCAGCGCCAUGACAGGUAUGAAAGUGAGGCUGUGAGGGAUAGACUUACCGUGU